AUGAGCCCCGCGAAGUCAUCCGUUGCCAACGCCGAGCAGCUGUCGUCCCAAAAGAAGGCAUCCUCGCUCGCAGGCUUCUUCAGCAAGAUCCUACCGAGUAACCGUCCAGAACAAGGAGGCACCCGCCGCACGGACUGGACGGGUGAUAACGACAAUGCGGUAAGGACGAGUCGUAGCGAGCUAACCGGUUGGAACCUUGCCAAAGACAAGCUCUCCGCACACCAUACGUCAACAAGCGGACCAGAAGAACCCGGUCACCGCCGAGUCUGGAGCUGGAGCCCGAAAAAGGGAGACUCCAGGUUCGUUGAGAACUUACCAAGGGACCGAUCCCGUGGGCGUGGACAAGUGCCGGAAGUUUCAGAUCAUGAACCUCAGCCGCCUCGAAAGUCGGAAGCGUUGACAAGGACCGAAGUACACGAGCUCCUCCAUUCCAAGGAAGAAACCAGGAAAAGUCGACGGAGCCUAAAGGAGAGUGGGGAUUGGUUAGGAGUACAAGGUGCUGAUCCAUACUCGGGACAGUUCUCAAUCCUUACACCUACAGAUACUCUUAGCUCUGAGACGACUAGCACGUCGACACGUGCGAAGCUAGCCGGGUUGGCGCGGAAGAAGAAAGCCGCGAGGUUAGAAUACGAGCAGCUCAGGCUAUUAGAGGAGCAAGAAAAGGAUAAGGCUAGGCUGGACAGGGAGCAGGCGAAACUCAACAAAAUCGAACGCGUGAAGGAAGAGCUUAGACGUCAGCACCAAUUCGCCAGAUGGAGCCAGCAUAAGCGCAACUGGUCUUCCGCCGCCGAACCCAACCUCAGUCCGAUUGCUCAGUCCCUAGAUAGUGUGGCGCUUGGAAGCAGUGAGACAUCCAGUUUGCUGUUUUCGGAGCUGCCCACUGACUCUUUCCUAUCAGAUCCCGAGGAUAUCACAUCAGCUACCAAGGACACAGAGAAACACCGUAUGUCACCUCCGACUUUCGACGAACUUCAAGAUCGCACGGUCAACAAUUUACCAGCAGACGCUCCCGUGUGCCAGAGCCAACCUUCACAGCCGAGCCAGCAAGGAAGAACCAGCUUAGAGAAAGCAAACAGGAUACUACACCGCACGGAAAACCACCUCAAGCGAGCCCGGAGAGAAUCUGUGUCCACACCCACCACCACCAUUACUGGCUGCGUUCCCGCUCAGCAGAGCCAACCCGAUGCCCCGCAGCCAAAACGACGUGUCGAAGUCAGCCAGGUAGACGGCACAACAAACAUUAUCAACAGCCCGGCGACUCCGGCGUCCUUGCAUCAACACGACCCUUGCAUGACACCAGACUUAAUACCAGAGGAGCGUAGGACACCUUCCCUUCCCACAGCGCCACAGAACAGCUUGCUGAAUCCCAAGCGCGCCCAAGAGAUACCAGGGACCGGUAUUUCGUCAACCCGCCGUGUGACGCCAGAAAAGAAACAGCCAACCAGAGUUUCCACACCAACGACUCCAAAGCUUUGCCGUCUUCCCCAAAAGAAUGGCGCAAUGAACCAAAGGGACAUAUCAGAGGACGGGGAUGCAGCCGAGAGGGCAGAAACGACCAAGACAGAAAAGGCCGAGCACCCAGAGACCAAGAAGACAAUUCGACAAGAACGAGCCGAGAGAGUCAACCGAGAGAGUCGCAGCGCAAGUAUGACUCGAACGCCAACAAUAAUUUCACGAGAAGUACAUCAGCGCCUGUCAUACGAGGGACCAAAGGAGAGCAUAGUAGAAGAGGCGGCACGAAUUGCCAUGUUGCGUUCAAGGGCCAAAGAAAUAGUGAGAAGCAGGUCGAGCGACCGCAAAAUAAGCCGCAACCGGAGCCGAACUCCCAGUCCGGUAAGAAAACAAGUCUCCAACGGCAAACCGGCGGAGCCGAAGCGGUCGCUUCAAAAACGGCCGAGGAAGAAACGCCACGGCGAAGAAGGCGUAGACACCGAGCUUCCUUCCAAGUCUGAACAGAUCGAGACGGAUAAGAGCAUUAAUAAAGCACAGCAUAAGAAAGGGGCUACAGAAGGAUUUGCUAGCAAACGAGAUCCAUCCGUAACGGUGGUACAAUUCUGCAAGACAGUCUACAUACGAUCUGUGGAGGAGGAGGCACAGGAAGGAGAGUACGUGGAGAGAUAUCGUCGUUUUCGCGUCGGCAGGAUUAUUCUGCCUGGCCGGCGCAUUGUGCGGUUGGUAUAUGUCAAGGCUGUUCUGGUGGUUUUUAGAGCAAUGACGCCUUAA